UGUAACUCAAGAAACCAUUACGUGCAAGGGAAUCAAAGAAUCAGUGCCACUCGCCACCACGAGUCCACUCGGCAGUUUCUGUAUCUAUCUGCUCUGUAACGUGAUUUCUUGAAAAUUGCACCGCUUAUCAAUGACGAUCAUUUUUGCUCUAUUCUGUGUAAUAUUUUUGUUCGGGAAAUCAGAAUCCAUUAGCCGGGUUGAUUUUCCAAAUGGGUUCAUUUUUGGAACUGCUUCUUCGGCUUACCAGUUUGAAGGUGCUGUAAAUGAAGGAAAUAAAGGAGACAGCAUAUGGGAUAAAUUCACAAGGCACCCAGGAAAAAUAUUGGAUUUCAGCAAUGCGAAUACAGCUGUUGAUCAAUAUCAUCGGUUUAAGGAUGACAUAGACUUGAUGAAGGACAUGGGCAUGGAUGCUUACAGAUUCUCCAUAUCAUGGUCAAGAAUUUUCCCAAACGGAACGGGGCAACCAAAUUCGGAAGGAAUACAAUACUACAACAAUCUUAUAGAUGCUUUAAUUAAAAAAGGAAUUGAGCCCUAUGCGACUUUGUAUCACUGGGAUCUUCCGCAGAUGCUUGAAGAUAGAUAUGGAGGAUUAUUGAGCAAUCAUAUUAUAAAUGAUUUUGAAGAAUAUGCUUUUACCUGUUUCAAAGCUUUUGGGGAUAGAGUAAAAAAUUGGAUUACAUUCAAUGAGCCUCAUGGAAUUGCAAUCCAAGGUUAUAAUUAUGGGAUUCAAGCUCCAGGAAGGUGCUCUAUUCUUGGACAUUUGUUCUGCAAAAGAGGAAAAUCGUCUGUCGAGCCUUAUAUCGUAGCUCAUAACAUUCUAUUGGCUCAUGCUGCUGCUUAUCACAGUUACCACUGCAAUUUCAAGGAAAGUCAACAAGGUGAAGUCGGGAUCGCAUUAGAUGCUAAAUGGUAUGAGCCAAUAUCCAAUGUUGACGAGGACAAAGAUGCUGCAGGAAGAGCAAUGGAUUUUGGACUCGGAUGGUUUCUUGAUCCACUUCUCCUUGGGAAUUAUCCUCUUUCAAUGCAGAAGUUAGUCGCAGAAAGACUUCCAGCGAUCACUCCUGAGGUGUCCCAAAUAAUCAAAGGGUCCUUAGAUUUUGUCGGGAUAAAUCAUUACACCACGCUUUAUGCCCGUGAUGACAGAACUCGGAUCCGCAAAAUGAUAUUACGGGAUGCGAUGUCUGAUUCUGCUGUAAUCACCACUUCAUCAAAACAUGGAGUUCCUAUUGGAGAAAGAGGUGCAUCUAGUUGGUUACACGUAGUCCCAUGGGGCAUCCGAAAGUUAGCAAACUACAUUAGAGAUAAGUAUGGAAAUCCACCAGUAAUUAUAACCGAAAAUGGUAUGGAUGAUUCUAAUAGGCCUCAUAUAACAAUAGAAAAGGCCUUGCAGGAUCACAAGAGGAUAAAUUAUCACAGAGACUAUCUAUCAAACUUAUCUGCUGCUAUCAGAAGUGAAACUACAUUAAAUGCAGGCAAGACAAAUGUGACAUUCGUGGUUAUUUCGUUUGGUCCUUGCUUGACAACUGGGAAUGGAACUUAGGAUAUACUGUCCGGUUCGGAUUAUAUUAUGUGGAUUUCAAGAACAACCUCACAAGGAUCCCAAAGGCCUCUGUGAAGUGGUUCAAGAACAUGUUAAUAUCAAGAAGAGAACUGACCGACAAAUUGCCCUAAAAAUCUUCAGACUAUACCGGCCGACAUGUACAUGAAUCAUAGAAUGAUAAAUCAGUUCACAGAAUCACUGAACACAAUUGUGAAGGGUAUAUAAUCAACAGAUUGGCAGAUUAAGCCUUUCCCUUUUCCAUGUACACUUACCAUGUUAUAAAAUAAGAGAUAAGACAGGCUCAUUUCCCUGUUAGGGUUGUACUUUAGGAAUACAUGGUAAAUGUAUAAUAUCUAUAAUUGAUAAGGCUCCGUUUGAUAGCCAUUCUCUUCAAAAUGUAUUUUUCU